AACGAGCGGCGGGAACGCGCCAGCCGGAGCCCGUGCAGGUGGACGCAUCGUCGGACGGCGUCACACGGCGCUCAGCUCGCACCGGCAGCUACAGGUGGCUUCCGCCGCUGCCGGGGCGGGCCGGCCAGGGUCACGGUCCCCGCUCCAGGGCCACCCGGUUACACCGUGACGCGAGGCACAGCGGCGCAGCUUCCUUCACCGACUGGUCGACCGACUGGGUGGCAGCGUGGUGCCGACCCGGUCGCCUCGACCCUGCCCUGCGGCCAGUGGCGUCAUGCUAUCCCCCAAGAUGCAGCGCAGCGUCCGUAUCAACGACAAUCAGCUGCUGAUGCUGGCCGAGAAAGCACGCUACGCCCAGCAUAUGUUCGGGAGCCUCUACAAGCGCACCUCCGACAACUCGAAAUGGCGGCUGCGCUGGUUCAACCUGUAUCAGAACCUGCUGUUUUACUACGAGACCGAGUCGAGCAGUCGUCCGUCGGGUGUCAUCCUGUUGGAGGGCUGCUACUGCGAGCGACUUAUCGCUGCCACCGCCAAGCCCAAGGAGACGGAGCCUAAGUACUGUUUCUCGAUCACGUACCGGCGAGAGAACCAGCGCCAGUACGACCUGCGGGCCAGCUCCGAGGGGGACUGCAAGGCCUGGAUCGACGCCAUACGGCAGGCGAGUUUCAACAAGCUGAUGCUGCAGAAGGAAGAAUUGGAGCACAAGCACCUCCACCUGCUGCAGAUCAUGGAGAGCGAGAAGACGGCCAAGUGGCAGUACACGCAGCAGUGUGAGGAGCUUACCACAGAGAUCAAGAAGCUGCGUAACGAGCUGUGCACCCUGAAGAAGGACUGGCGGUUCAUGCCGCACCAGCAGUCGGAGGACGGAGAGGACUCUGAGGACAUCCGUAAGAUCAAGAAAGUGCAGAGCUUCUUCCGAGGCUGGCUCUGCCGGCGCCGCUGGAAGCAAAUCGUCGAAGAGUAUAUCAAGUCGCCGCAUGCAGAGACCAUGCGCAAGCGUAACAGCCUGGUGUUUCGGAUGGUUGAAGCGGAAGAAGAGUAUGUGGAGCAGCUCAAUAUUUUAGUGACAGGUUUUUUGAGGCCGUUUAAAAUGGCUGCCUCUUCAAAAAUGCCGCCGUGCAGUCAUGAAGACGUGAACACAAUCUUCCUGAACUCCGAGACUCUCCUGUUUCUGCACCAGAUAUUCCUGAAAGGGCUGUCUGCCAGAAUGGAGAGCUGGCCAACUCUGGUGCUUGGUGACCUGUUCGACAUGCUGCUGCCCAUGCUCAGCAUAUAUCAAGAGUACGUGCGCAACCACUACUACGGCCUGAAGGUACUCUCCGAGUGCAAGCAGAGCUCGCAAUUCUCGACGUUCCUGAGCCGCUUGGAGGCCAAGUCUACCUGUCAGGGCCGCACGCUGGAAACCUUCCUCACCUACCCCAUGCAUCAGAUCCCGCGGUACAUCGUGACGCUACACGAGCUGCUGGCGCACACGCCUCAUAACCACGUGGAGCGGAGGUCUCUGGACGAGGCCCGCAGGCAACUGGAGCACCUCAGCAGGCAGAUGCAGGACGAGAUGAGCGAGGUGGAGUGCACUCUGCGCAGCGUAGCCAUCGAGCGGAGGAUGAUGCAGGGCUGCGACCUGCUGUUCGACGUAAACCAGGUGUUGACGGCCCAGGGGCGCGCGCCGCCCGCGCGCACGCAGCGCUCUCGCUCCAUCUCCGACUCUGGCGCCGGUUCAGUGUCGCUCUCGCCGUCGCCUUCCAUCACCAACCAGGCGCGCUCGCUCUCCUGCUUCCACCUGGAGGCGCGCAAGGUGUCCACCUCGUUCCCGCGCGUCUCGAUCGACUUCCCGCGAGACAAGAAGGAGCUCUUCCUCUCCGAGGACAGCGACGACCCGUGGAGCAAGGCGGGCGGCCAGCGCGAGCGCAGCCACAGCACGGUAAGCUGCCAGCCGUCGCAGGAGAUCGCGGCCGCGCUGCAGCGUCACCGCCACUCCUGCCAGAUCUUCGGCCGCAGCGACGACGAGGACAUCCGUCGACUGAAGAGCCUGCGCAAGUGCUCGGUCGGCCCGUACCUGGCCGUGCCGUCCGUCAUGAUCAGCGACGUGGCCGUCUCCGUGCCGUCGUCGUCCUCCAGCCUGCGCUCCAGCAUCUCCUCGCAGCCGCGCACGCCGCGCGGCAGGCGCUCCAUCACGUUCUUGGACGCGGUCGUGUCGCAGCGGCUGUGAGCACGCCGAUGGGACCGGCCCG